UUCUGGGCAUUCACCAUCUCACCCUCGUGAAAUCGUGUUGCCAACUAACAGUUUUUGACGGUAUUAUUGAUGGUGUGAGGUCGCUUCAGUAUAUUGAUGGCUUGAAAAACUAGUACUGACGGUACAUAUUGAAAGCUGCAGGCCCCUUAAAUGUCACGUCAUUUUUGUGAUGUGGUGUCAGUUAUCUUUUAACCAAGGAUUUUAAAUUCUAACCGCCUUGCUUCGACCAUAGGUCGAAGUGUGGUGCGGUGCUGUAUCUCCGAAGUGUUAUCAUGUUGAUGGAAACGUUAUUUUGAAAGCAGAAGACAUGCAAAGUACAAGCUCUGAACACGACCAAAAUAAUAGCAUAUUUAGUGGCAGCUAGCGUUCAGUUGUCUUAAUCACUGAUGCACUGCCGAAAAUGUCGAAACAGCAUUGCGUGAGGUUUUUGAGACCACAGUCCACAAUUUCUUCGGGGUAGUUCGCAGUAAUAAAGUGUGCGAUGGUUGCUGUUUCGUGAGAAUGUGUAGCCAACACAGAGUAUAUAAUUCUAGAUAGUAUUUACCAUUGACAGCUAUUGGGAUAUCGACGUGUAAGUAGUCAAUAUGACACAAGAAUUAUCUGCUGUCACCGUCGUAAUCAUUAUAGGAUGUGGAGUUCUGGCAUUUGUAUUACUGUUCAUAUUUGCCAAAAGACAAAUCAUGAGAUUUGCCUUGCGUUCAAGAAGGGGCCCACACGUACCCAUAGGCCAUGGAGCGAAAAAGUCCUUAAGAAGAGAACUUGAAAGAAUGAUUGAUGUUAUUCCUCGUAUCGUAUAUGAGCCAAAACUUAUGACAGAUGAUGAUCCACAAUAUAUCCUUCAGCCCGGAACUGAGCUCCCACCACACUAUUUUAGACUGAAGGCAGUAGAUGAUGUGAGAUUACUAGAACAAGAAAUAACUAGGCAAGAUAACUGUUUGGUGAGGCAUCCACCCGAGAACCUCCGUGCUUUUCUACUUUCGGCACUGGCAGUGCCUUUGAAUGGACUGGGACCAAAACUUGUUCAUCAAUUCUGUGACCUGUAUGAACAUGCAAGACAUGAUCCAAGUGAAUUUGGAGAUGAAGAAUAUCAAAUGUAUUCAAAGUUACUCUUGAAACUAAUAGACGCGGCUAAGAUGCUGAAAUCAUAUCCUAAUAGUCGUAAAUCUAGCCCCAGCAGGACUCCUUUGAAGAGAAAUCAAGAUAAAUACAGGAACUUGCUGGACACAAAACUAAGGUCUGACAGGAAGCUAACAGAUGAAGUUCUUUGUGUUAAUGACAAAGAGAUCCGGCCAUCUUCUCUCCCUGUUUCACCUGAUGAAAACAAUGAGACAUCAGUCUGACAUAAGUUGAGUUGUGCUUCACUGUGGCUUUGACUCACAGUUGGACAAAGAACUACUAAUGUACAUGAAAGGGCAAAUACCUGAACAGUCUACUUGUGCAUUUUCUGUCAACGUCCUAAUGAGCCCAUAUCACAGUUGAAGUGUUGACGUAUAUGAAUGUCCUGAAAGUGUUUCUUUGUUCUUUAGCAGUACUGAAUUACAAACUUAGUUCCAAUUGUGGUGCUAAGAUAACAUAUCUGCAAAUACUACUGCAGGUUGAAUUAGAAGGGUAUCCGUGGCUGUUAAUAGUUUCUAGUCAUAUAUCUUCAUAAGAUAAGCCAAAUAAUGAUUUGUUUCAAAAUCAUAUAAUAAGAAUGAUGCAUUGUUAGCAUAAUUGUUUUUAAUUGCCAAACAAGCUUUGUUACAAUAAUGUUAUGAGCUACACAACUUGUAUGUUCACUAAAUAAAAUUUCUUGGUGAUCGAAGAUUAA